AUUCAUUUAAGUCUUCAAAGCCGUGACUCUUAAGGCACUGGUCUUUGCUGCAGCUAUGGUGUGUAGCCCCCUGACCCUUCCACAACUGCUGUUUCGAUUGCAGUUGGUUGGCGCCCCGAAGGUCUUGAUGGCAAUGGUUUUGAUGCUGCUUUGGUCCUCGAAUGUGAAGACCCUGACGGAGUCCUAUGACUUUGUGGAGCUUUGGGCUGGCCGAGCUUUGACUACAACAAUGAUUCAGAAGUCUGGCCGGGCUGCUGCGGCCUUGGAUAUUGAGUAUUUCCAUCCAGACCCGGAGCACCCUCAUAGGUCAAACCAUUUUGACAUUCUCACCUCAUCAGGGUUUCUGUUGGCCUUGGCGACCAUUCUGAACGGAAAACAUGGACAGUUCACAGUUCUAUGCGCCAUAGUGUGUUCUUCUUGGACUACCAUCAAUAUGGGCACCAGUGGACGAAGCGUGUGCACACCAUUGGGUUGUCCAGAGCGGGUCUAUGUACAAAAGGCCAAUGAGAUGGCGUCAAGGUGCUUUGGAAAACAUGCAAAGUUUAACUUUCAUGUUGUCCAACUCUUUUCUGAUCACUAUACUUAA